AUGUCACCCCACAGAAAUGGAAACCUCUCAGUGAUGUAUUUGCAGGAGUUUGUGCUGGAGGGAUUUGAGGGUGGUCUGCAAACCCACGCCUGGCUCUUUGCUCUGUUCCUGGCCCUGUGUGUGGUGGCCGUCCUGGGGAACCUCACCAUGAUCGUGGUCAUCACCCUGGAUGCCCGUCUGCACUCCCCAAUGUACUUUUUUCUCAAGAACCUCUCCUUCGUGGACUUGUGUUACUUGUCCGUCAUCUACCCCAAGGCUUUGGCCAACUUCCUGUCUUCCUCCAAGGUCAUCAUCUUUGCAGAAUGUGCCACCCAGUUCUUCUUCUUAUCCCUGUUAAUCACCACUGAGGGAUUCCUCUUGGGAAUGAUGGCCUAUGACCGUUUCAUGGCAAUCUGCAGCCCCCUGCACUACCCCAUCACCAUGCGUCCCUUAGCCUGUGCCCGCUUGGUGCUGGGCACCUACUGUGCGGGCUUCUUCAACUCCAUGGUGCAGACUAGCUUCACCUUCAGCCUACCAUUCUGCAGCUCCAACCACAUUGACCACUUCUUCUGUGAUGUGCCCCCCCUGCUCAAGCUGGCCUGUGGUGACACAGCCAUAAACAAGCUAGUCAUGUUUGGACUCUGUGGCCUUCUCAUCGUGGGCACCACACUCGUGGUCCUCAUCUCCUAUGGCUACAUCACAUUGACCAUCCUGAGGAUGAGCUCAGGAGCAGGGAGACACAAGCUCUUCUCCACCUGUGGCUCCCACAUGACAGCCGUGUCCCUCUUUUAUGGGACCCUUUUUGUCAUGUAUGCCCAGCCAGGAGCUGUGGAGUCCAUGGAGCAGGGCAAGGUGAUCUCUGUCUUCUACACCCUGGUCACCCCAAUGCUCAACUCCCUCAUCUACAGUCUAAGAAACAAGGAUGUGAAGGAUGCCCUGCAGAGACUGGGCCAGAAGCACACAGCCAUGUGA